AUGGGACGUCUAAAUGAUGAAUAUAAUUUUUGGUGGAUUAAACCUAAUAGUAGAAGAGAAUGUUUAUCUACAACACAAUCAAGACAAUCAACAACAAAUGAUCCCCACCUUUUUAAAAGUAAUUCAGGCAGAGAAAGAGAAAAAUCAGAUUCAUUUCGGACCAGUCCAAGGGCAUCAUCUUCUCGUUAUGAAAGAUAUUCUUCAGCAUCACAAUUCUCAAAAACUUUUGAAAACAACCCUUUUACAUAUAUAAACAGUUCAAAAGUAUUUAAUGGUGAAACACCUACUAGAUUAUCUUUUGAAGAAAAUAAAGACCAACAAACAAAAGAAAAUACGGAAUUUGUAAAUAAUUUAGAAACGAGGACAUGGCCCCCUAAAGUAAUUAAAGUACUUUAUUUAAUUAGUGGAGAAUUGAGAGAAGAGAAAAAAGGUCAAAGAAAUUCUCAAAAAAUUCAAAUCAAAUCAACAACUGAGAAUGAAAGGAAAAAACAAAUAGAGAAAAUAAACAAAUAUUUUCGCUCCGUUCCCAUAACUCAUCUUUUCUCGUCACCAGAAGACCAAAAUAUUAAAGUUGGACUUAGUUUAACCUUUCCAAAAUAUUUGCAAAUUAAUUAUGAACCUGGACUUUAUAAGUUUCUCGGAGGUAAUGAACCAUUAUUUCCUCAAUGUGAAGAACUUAAAAAAGCCAAUAAAGGACGAAUUAAUUGUGAUUAUUUUAAUGAAAGGGAAAAGUCGGAAAAUGAAUGUAGCAAGAUUCUAAAUCCAAAAAAGGAAAAAUCUCCAAAUAAUUUUAAUGAAAGAAUUGACAAAGUUCUUAAUUGUGUUUUGAAAUAUUGUGCAGAAAAUAGCAAAAUUAAAUCAAAACCAGGAGUAUUUGAAAAAUUUUAUAAACAAUUCAAAAAAGGAGUAGGAUCAGUAUUUGGCUCUGAAGAUACUAAAUGGUGGGUUGGAGAAGAAGAAGCAGAGCACAUUGUAAUUGUUACAAACAAUGAAGUAAUUGGUGCUAUUCAUGAAAAAAUAACAGGGAAAUUAAUGGAUGUUGAAUCAGCUUCAAUAACUAAAUUCAUUGAAUUCGAAACAAAUCAAGCAAGCUCUUCUGGGUCCUCCUACAAACGAUUUAGAAUUAUUCAGGAGAGUGAUAUAAAGCAUUUGGGCUUAUAUGAGAACCUGAACAAUUCAAAUAACCGAAUAUGGUGA